AUGCACGUGGCUUCGGAGAGCUUCUCAUCCGCAUUACUCGAAUCAUCAGAUUCUAAAACUGUUUCAUCAAUGGAAAUGACAGGAAUGACCAGUGAAAUAUCAGCACUAAGCCAACCAUCCACUGGUCAACCAGAAAUACCAGAAACGUUUCAGAAUGCAACACAGUCUCCAAUGGAUGAUUACAUGCAAGCAAGUACUGAACAGAAAAUUCCAGUCGAUUCCAGCGAACAAUAUUUUCCUUCGGAAGCUGGACAGGUUCAACAUCCGGAAUUAAGUCAGGAAAGCCAGCUGUCCGAUACUGCUGUCGAUAUUGGUACAACAAUUGAUGGCAAGAAAAUCAUUGCUGAAACAAGUUUCGAUCAGGAAUUUGAUACUUCGUUUACGGUGUCAAAAAGCUUCGAUACGUAUGAUGACUCCGACACACAUCCAGCAGAUACCGGUGGCAGUCAGGUUUCUUCCGGAAUCCAGCACGAAUCACUUUUUGGCACUACUAGCGAAAGUUUUCUCAGUUAUCCAACUUCUGAUUUCAACCUGAUUGACACCAUCACUAGCGAUACCAGCAGAUCAGAUACCAGUGGUCCUGAACUUAUUAUGGGUUUAACAGUGGACGGCGAAAAAAUUGUCAGCGGUUUCAGUGUUCCGUCUGAAGAACAGCCUGGAAGAACUGUACCCGAAGCACCAUCAGACGCGGUAAGAGUGAGUGAAGAAACGCAGUUUAUUGAGGAGCCGAAAAUUCCAUCAGAAGCAGCGAAUUCGCCAAGUUUGAGUAAUAAAUUUAUCGUCGGCUUAACAGAACAAAAUGAAUCUAUAAUUGCCGGUUUGAGUGAGAAGUGUACGGGUGUACUGGGGAACAUGAUAUCCGUUGUAACCGGAUUGACAUUGAAUGGUGAAAUUAUUUGCGGUGGUUGUGCAUCAUUUACCGAUCCAUCCGCAAUCACUGGAGCAGAUUCAGCGAGAUCCGAGGAAUGCCCUGCAACCCAAGACAUCAUAGCAAAUUUAACGGCCGAAACUGAAAAAGUUUUAAGUGGGCUAAGUUUACGAAACGACCAAUCAGCAUCGCAACAAAACGAAACAACUGAACACUCAGAAGCAGCAGCAGUGGAAGCAGUUCUCGAGCCAGAGGUCAGAAAAUCUAAUCUACACAAUGACGCCAAUGCACUCCUUCGCAGGGAUUCUUUUUGA